AUGGCCCGCUUCCUCUCCAAGAUCUCGUCGCGCGUGACGACCAUCCGCUACUGGUUGAGGGCUUCCGGAAGCAGCCCGCAACACGAGGAUGGCAACAUGACUCUGCGUAUCUACACGCGUGCGUUUCUCGCAAGGAGUCUCGGGUGGGAUGAUUGCGCCAUGAUCCUGGCCAUGCUUGGAUCUCUCACCAUAUGUCUCCUCCGGUCACUCCAAGUCUCUUACGGACUGGGCACACCCUUGUCUUCCACACCUCCGAAAUACCAGAUCCUCCGCACCGAGCUGAUCUGGGCCGUACUCUUUCCCUACUACAUCGGGCUCUGCCUGGUGAAGGCCUCGGCACUGCUGCAGAUGCUCCGCGUCUUCGCCAUUCCGCGCGUGCGGACUGUCUGUCUGACACUCCUUUCCCUCGUCGCUCUCUUUGCCUUCUGGAGAACCGUCACAGCCCUCAUUACCUGCCACCGCCCGCCCUUUACCGCUCCCUCCGAAAAUAAGCACCUGUUGACUCGAACUGGCCAAUGCGUGGAGCCUUACCCUCUCUUAUACAUCAACUGUGCUUUAAACAUAGCCAUGGACGUCAUCAUCACAAUGGUUCCCUUGCGAGUCAUUUCCCGACUGCGCCUCGCCGCCCACCGCAAACGGAUGCUCACAGCCGUCUUCGCCCUCGGAUUGAUCCCCACCAUCCCCUCCGCCAUCCGCCUGCACGCCAUCAUGGCACUCCAAGAGCACGGCGCUCCGCGCCAAUUCAUCACGUCCAGCCCCAUGGCUGCCAUCUGGACCGCACUCGACAUCAACACCGCCAUCAUCUGCGCGUGCGUGCCAGCCCUUGGCCCGCUAUACACGCGCUUGGCUUCACGGCUACGCCCCGCUGGCAGCAAGGACGAUGCGAACCUGUGCACCAUGGUCCUAUCACCCUCAACGCCAUCACCAUCGGCGCUCAUGGCUGGUUCCGUGUCCAUCAUCACGCGCGCCGCUGCCGGCGUCGCUGUGCCUAUGAUUUGGCGGCAGCAGCAAGACAAAGGGAAGAAAGCGGCAGUCGGCCCCGAUGACCAGGGUUACGACAAGCGCAUUGGCGACGGCGCUGUUGGCGCCGUCGUUGCUUCUAGCGCUGCUGUUGACGACGAAGAUGACGAUGAAGACUACGAGGCGCUCAGCGAUCUCGCCGAGUUUGCAGGCUUCACGGGGCUGACAGGAGAUGCGAGCCUGGAUGGGUUCCUCGUCGCGGCGCGGUUGGAGAAGGCGACGAGCAGAGAAGAGUUGCUUGCUGUUGCGAACAGCAUGUCCACGAGAUCGGGCUCGGAGCCGACAGUGAGAGCCUAUGAGGUGCUUGGUUAUGAUCACGACGAUACGAACAUCACCGGGGAUGGCGUUUCGGAGGGCAGAGCCUCGAGCAGGAUUGAAUUCAUUUAA